CUCCCACUGCCAGGGUCUGUUGAAGUAUCUGGAGGGGCACAGAGAAUGGCGUUGAAAACCUCAUCCUUCUCUUCCCAAUGGUAUACUAGUCAUAUCAGCAUCCCCAGAUCUCUCCUGAUCAGAGAGUCUGAGCAACUGGGCUGGGUUUUCCUCAAAGGCUGGGGACUUCCUUGUGGAGUGAGGAAACGCUGUUGCCUUAAGCCAGCCAUAAAGGAGCUCUCCCUGGUUUUCCUUCUACCUGCUGCCAGUUGUGGAUUUAAAAAAGCAACACGCAAACCCAUACUAUCAUGAGAGGAGAGGUGAAAAACCACUGGGGACAGAGAGCGUAAAGGACAUAAGCCAGAUCCUUUUCCUGUAAUGCUCCAAUCAAUAGAUGGAGAGAGAGGCUGCAGAGCUUCUGCAGUCCCAUGGCGACAUACCUAGAGUUCAUUCAACAAAACGAGGAACGUGAUGGAGUGCGUUUUAGUUGGAACGUAUGGCCCUCCAGCAGGCUGGAGGCCACCAGGAUGGUCGUCCCCCUGGCCUGUCUGCUGACUCCGCUGAAGGAACGUCUCGACCUGCCACCUGUGCAGUAUGAACCGGUGCUUUGUAGCAGACCGACUUGCAAAGCAGUACUCAACCCACUCUGCCAAGUUGACUAUCGCGCCAAGCUCUGGGCUUGUAAUUUCUGUUUUCAGAGAAACCAGUUUCCUCCAGCAUAUGCAGGCAUAUCUGAGCUCAAUCAACCAGCAGAACUUAUGCCUCAGUUUUCAACAAUUGAAUAUAUAGUACAGCGAGGUCCUCAGACACCGUUGAUCUUCCUGUAUGUUGUUGACACGUGCUUGGAAGAGGACGACUUACAGGCGCUGAAGGAGUCCCUGCAGAUGUCCCUGAGUCUGCUGCCUGCUGACGCUCUGGUGGGGCUUAUCACUUUUGGCAGAAUGAUCCAGGUUCACGAGCUGAGCUGUGAAGGGAUUUCCAAGAGUUAUGUGUUUAGGGGCACAAAGGACCUGACAGCUAAGCAGAUACAGGAUAUGCUUGGGCUUUCAAGGCCAGCUGUCCCCAUUCAACAGGGAAGACCUGUUCAACCCCAGGAACAACCUGUUAUUUCAAGCAGGUUUCUGCAGCCAGUACAUAAGAUUGACAUGAAUUUAACAGAUCUGCUUGGAGAACUGCAAAGGGACCCAUGGCCAGUAUCUCUUUCUAUUGCUGUCGGCUUAUUGGAGGGCACCUUUCCAAACACAGGGGCCAGGAUAAUGUUGUUUACAGGUGGGCCACCGACACAAGGACCAGGCAUGGUCGUAGGAGAUGAACUGAAAACACCCAUCCGUUCUUGGCAUGACAUAGAGAAGGACAACGCAAGGUUCAUGAAGAAGGCCACCAAACACUAUGAGACUUUGGCUAAUCGCACGGCUGCCAACGGUCAUUGCAUUGACAUCUAUGCCUGCGCCCUGGAUCAGACCGGCCUGCUGGAGAUGAAGUGUUGUGCAAACCUCACUGGAGGUCACAUGGUGAUGGGAGACUCCUUCAACACCUCUCUCUUCAAGCAGACCUUCCAGCGAGUGUUUAACAAAGGGUUCAAUGGGGAAUUUCAGAUGGCUUUUGGUGCAAGUUUGGAAGUGAAGACUUCUAGGGAGCUGAAAAUUGCAGGAGCUAUUGGACCAUGCAUAUCCCUGAAUGCUAAAGGGCUAUGUGUCUCUGAAAAUGAGCUCGGAAUUGGAGGAACAUCUCAAUGGAAAAUUUGCAGCCUAGAUCCAAGCACAACUCUGGCCAUUUACUUUGAAGUGGUAAAUCAGCACAACGCACCAAUUCCUCAGGGAGGCAGAGGGGCAGUUCAGUUUGUCACUCAGUACCAACACUCCAGUACGCAGAAACGCAUUCGAGUCACCACCAUAGCCAGAAAUUGGGCAGAUGCGCAGAGUCAACUCCAGCAUAUCGAAGCUGCAUUUGACCAGGAAGCAGCUGCUGUGCUGAUGGCACGGCUAGGAGUGUACAGAGCUGAAUCCGAGGAGGGACCCGAUGUACUGCGGUGGCUUGACAGACAGCUGAUCAGACUGUGUCAGAAGUUUGGACAGUACAACAAAGAUGAUCCCAACUCCUUCAGACUGUCAGAAUCAUUUUCUUUGUAUCCCCAGUUCAUGUUCCAUUUGCGACGCUCCCCAUUCCUGCAGGUCUUCAAUAACAGCCCAGAUGAAUCAUCUUAUUACCGUCACCACUUUGCUAGGCAAGAUCUGACACAGUCUCUCAUUAUGAUCCAGCCCAUCCUUUAUGCUUAUUCUUUCUAUGGACCGCCUGAGCCAGUGCUUUUGGACAGCAGCAGUAUUCUUCCAGACAGAAUCCUCCUGAUGGAUACGUUCUUCCAGAUAGUUAUCUACCUUGGUGAGACUAUUGCACAGUGGCAGAAAGCUGGUUACCAAGACAUGCCUGAAUAUGAAAACUUCAAGCACUUACUGCAAGCCCCGCUGGAUGAUGCCCAGGAAAUCUUGCAGACUAGAUUCCCAAUGCCACGUUACAUCAACACUGAGCACGGGGGCAGUCAGGCCCGGUUCCUCUUGUCUAAAGUGAACCCUUCUCAGACCCACAACAACCUCUAUGCGUGGGGACAGGAAUCGGGAGCUCCAAUCUUAACGGAUGAUGUUAGUCUCCAGGUAUUCAUGGACCACCUGAAAAAGCUGGCCGUUUCAAGCGCAUCCUAACUUUGAUCUAAGCAAGCAGCAAGAGCAGAAGAGUUACGCUGAUCAUGUCGACGAUGGAAGCGGAGCAGCUUAUUGCAUUCCCUUCUCUUUUAGACUAAGACUUUUAAAUACUACAUGAAAUAAAUAUUAACGGAGAGUUUUGUACUUGGCCCCUCUAGCGAUUAAUUUAUUUCUAUUCCUUUUGGUCCCUCUUCUGUUUAAUCCACGUUGUUUUUUCCAAACAUUGUAAUCAGAGCUGAAGGAUGGUUUAGCUAAUACAGAUCGGAAGCCUUGA